GGCUGUCCCAUCGCUGUGAACUUCGGUGCUGUGCAGGGAAGACCUCGGCAGUGGCGCCUACUGCCGUCGUCCCCGGGGGAGACGAUGGCGUCCUCCGGCACCGUGUCCCAGAGGAAGCAGAUCCAGCGGACGGCUCCCCGCGGCUUUCUGAAGCGCGUCCUCAAGCAACGGAAGCCUCAGCUGCGCCUGGAGAGGAGCGCCGACUUACUGAUACAUCUGAACUGCUUAUUGUUUAUUCAUCGAUUAGCACAAGAGUCCAGGAUGAAUGCUUGUGAGAAUAAGUGUAAAAUCAUUAAAAAGGAACAUGUACUGGCGGCAGCAAAGGUAAUACUAAAGAAGAGCAGAGGUUAGAAAUCAGUGGACUCAUUUUGGAAAAACAUGCAAUGUAUUAAGUGCACUGAAACUUUUGUGCAUCUGAAUUUUUGUGAGCACAGAUCUUCUAUGUCUGAUACUACUAUUCCCUGCCCCCUUUCCAUCCUAUAUGUAAUUUUCCUAUCAAGUCUGCUUUUCUGAUAAGAACUCUUUUGUGAAUGAAAGAAUAAAAUUAUUCAUUUGGUAAACAGA